AUGUCUUCGGCAUUCGACUUCGUAAAUACUUCUCAAGCAAAUUAUAUCAAAUUCGGAAUAUUACUUACUGUGCAAGUUCCCUCCGUCAUUAGCUUUCUGUGGAUAUUUCGUCAGUUCGCUCGUAAACAUCACCUUCUCAAACAAAAUCAUCAUCACGUCAUUCUUCUUCUUUUGAUCAAUUCAUUUCUUUUCGUUACUAUUCCAUUACCUUUCACCCAAGCGUUCCUCUUCCGAUCGUAUGUUUACCCUUCGACGCAAUUCUUCUGUUCAAUGUGGAUAUGUAUUCAGUAUUCAUUGAACAUUGCCAAUCUUUUUCUCAUGGCAUUUGCAAGUAUUGAACGUCAUUGGCUGAUCUUCUAUCCUAAAUUCAUUGACAAUCGGCGACGAAAAUUUCUUUUUCACUACUGUCCACUUGCAUUUUGUUUUUUCUAUCCGUUUAUGUUCUAUGUUUCAGCAAUAUUUAUUCAUCAAUGUCAACCUUACUAUGAUUACAAUGUGUUGACAUGCCUGUGGCCUUGUUAUUUUCUGAAUCGAAUAUGGGCUUCUGUCGAUCAAUAUUUCAACACUUAUGCACCGCUGCUUUCUAUCCCGAUAUUUUGUUCAGCACUUUAUCUCCGAGUUUUCAUUCAAAAACGUACGAUGAAACAACAAGCAUUCAAAUGGUGUCGAGAUAAAAAGAUGAUUUUACAACUAUGGGCUAUCUCGAGUUUGUAUUUAGCUGUGUGGAUGCCAAUGCAAUUAUGUAUAUUUAUCAACGUCUAUUGGGAUCCACUGUUUCUAUUACAGGCACAAAUCGAUUAUAUGUAUUUAUUGCCUUAUUUCUUGCAUUUAAUCUAUCCUUUCUUUCUAUUGAUUAUUUUGAAAAAAGACAUGAUAAAAACCUCUCAUAAUACCAUUACUAUAAUGCCAAUAUCAGCUCUAGAUCACAACAUAGGUGGAGACAAAUCGGUGCGAACAAAAGGCCGUAUGGAGACAGUAAUGUAA